CCGCCAUGGCGACUCCGGCCAACGCUCAGAACGCCACCAAGACCUGGGAGCUGAGCCUCUACGAGCUGCACCGGACCCCCCAGGAGGCCAUCAUGGAUGGGACGGAGAUCGCCGUCUCCCCGCGCAGCCUGCACAGCGAGCUGAUGUGCCCCAUCUGCCUGGACAUGCUCAAGCACACCAUGACCACCAAGGAGUGCCUCCACCGCUUCUGCUCCGACUGCAUCGUCACGGCCCUGCGCAGCGGGAACAAGGAGUGCCCGACCUGCCGGAAGAAGCUGGUCUCUAAGCGGUCCCUGCGGCCUGACCCCAACUUCGACGCCCUCAUCUCCAAGAUCUACCCGAGCCGGGAUGAGUACGAGGCCCACCAGGAUCGGGUGCUGGCCAAGCUGAACCGCCUCCACAACCAGCAGGCCCUGCGGAGCAGCAUGGAGGAGGGCCUCAAGAUGCAGGCCAUGACCAGGGGACAGCGCGUCCGCAAGCACCCGCAGGAGUCGGACAACACCACGUUCAGCGGCGGGGAGGACAACUGCGACAGCCGCUCGCACCUCAGCAACGCCUCGGCCCCCAGCCAGCCCGAGGCCGGCCCCAGCCGCAAGCGCUCUCGCGCCUCGGACGAGUCGGGCCCGGAGCCAGAGACCUCGCACGAGGGGGGGCGGGGCAGCCCGGAGCCGGGGGCCGAGCCCAGCAGCAGCGAGAUCGAGCUGGUCUUCCGGCCCCACCCUGUCCUGGUGGAGAAGGGCACCUACUCCCAGACCAGGUAUGUCAAGACCACAGCCAACGCCACGGUGGACCACCUCUCCAAGUACCUGGCCUUGCGCAUCGCCCUAGAGGAGGCGCCAGGGCCCGGCCCGGAAGCCCCCGCCCUCGAAGACGUGAGCGAGAAGCAGUACACCAUCUACAUUACCACGGCCGGAGGGGCCUUCACGACGCUGAACGGAUCCGUGACGCUGGAGCUGGUGAACGAGAAGUACUGGAAGCUCAGCCGGCCCCUGGAACUCUACUACGCCCCCACCAAAGAGCAGAAGUGAGGCCAG